GCUCAAAGGAAUAGGAAGAGUGCAUUCAGACUAUAAGGUAUUCCUAUAGCUUCUCUCACGUUCCCUCAAACAGCAGAGCACGGUCUUGUUUUUAGGCGCAGUGUUCCAUCUGUGGUGCCAAGCCAGGAAGAUGCCCAAUCCGGCGACAUGCCCCUUCCCAGGCUCCCGGCUGUGGCUGGUAUCCGUUGCUCUGAUGGUGCAGUCGGUAAUCUCCUCUUCUUCGACCUACCAGAGACCUGCACCCGGCGGCGGGGGGAAGAGAGCGGGGUUCAUGGAGAGGACGCUGAUUCUGCUGGACGUCAACACCCGCAGUCCGGUUCAAGUUCUAAACGACAACUUCCUCUCUUUACAGUUGGAUCCGUCGAUUAUAAAGGACGGGUGGCUGGACUUCCUGAGUUCCAAGCGUUUGGUAACCCUAGCCCGAGGUCUGUCCCCAGCCUAUCUGAGGUUCGGAGGAAAGAGAACCGACUUCCUCCACUUCCACAACCUGAAGAACCUUGCCAAGUUCAGAGGCCCCGGCCCAGAUUACUACCUAAAAAACUAUGAAGAUGACAUAGUGCGUAGUGACAUCGCCCUGGACAAGCAGAGGGGCUGUAAACUGGCCAACCACCCUGACAUGAUGCUGGAGCUGCAAAGAGAGAAGGCAGCUCAGAUGCAGCUUGUCCUCCUCAAAGAACAGCUCUCCAACCUCUACAGCAACAUCACAAUAACAGCCAGGUCUUUAGACAAACUGUACAACUUUGCCGAGUGUGCUGGUCUGCAUCUGGUCCUUGGGCUCAACGCCCAGCAGAGAAACCCUGACUCCUCCUGGAACUCCUCCUCAGCACUCAGCCUACUCAAAUACAGCGCCGGGAAGAAAUACAACAUCUCCUGGGAACUGGGCAACGAGCCUAAUGGCUACCGUAGCAUGAUGGGUCAGACAGUGAACAGUACCCAGCUAGCCCAGGACUACACCCUGCUGAGAACGUUACUGCAGUCUGUACGCUACUAUAGCCGAGCACACCUCUUGGGCCCGAAUGCUGGACGACCACGCAAAAACGCCAUUCUGCUGCUCGAUGGGUUCAUGAAGAAUGCCGGUUCUGUUGUGGAUGCUGUAACGUGGCAACACUACUACAUGGAUGGCAGAGUGACCAAAGUAGAGGACUUUCUGAAGACUCGCCUGCUGGACACCCUGACCGAACAGAUCACCAAAGUACUCAAGGUAGUGAAUAGCCAUGCACCUGGUAAGAAGGUGUGGUUGGGGGGAGUAGGUCCGGCGUGGGCUGGAGGAACCAAUAACCUCUCUGAUACCUAUGCUGCUGGCUUCCUGUGGCUGAACACUCUGGGCAUGGCAGCGGUGCAGGGGAUUGAUGUUGUCCUGCGGCACUCGUUCUUUGACUAUGGAUACACACACCUCGUAGACCAGCACUUUAACCCACUACCGGACUACUGGUUGUCCCUGGUGUUCAAGCGUCUGGUCGGUCCCAGGGUGUUGGCAGUGCGGGUAGCAGGCUUGCAGAGGAAACCACGACCAGGGAGGGUUAUACGAGACAAACUACGGAUCUACGCACAUUGUACCAGCUUCCACAAUCGUAACUACGUGAGAGGAUCCAUAACGAUCUAUAUCAUCAACCUGCAUCGGUCGAGGAAGAAAAUCAAGCUGGCGGGAACCUUGCGUAACAUGACUGUCCAUCAGUACCUGGUACAGCCCUAUGGGACAGACGGACUUCACGCCAGGUCAGUCCAGUUGAACGGAGAAAGGUUGUUGAUGGUGGACAAUGAGACAUUUCCGGAGUUGAAGCCUCGGACGCUGCGGGCGGGAAGGACAAUAGCCAUGCCCCCUAUGACCAUCGGCUUCUACGUCAUCAAGAACAUCAAUGCCUACGCCUGCCGCAAAUAAUACUCAACACACUCCUUCUCACCCUUCACCCCGAAAUCCUUCACCCUCCCCCCACACUCCUCACCCCCUACCCCUCAUCUCUCCUCACCCCUCACCACUCCCACCAUUUCCUAAUACCGGACCACCUCCUCACCCCUCACCACCCCCACCAUUUCCUAAUACCGGACCACCUCGUCACCCCUCACCACCCCCACCAUUUCCUAAUACCGGACCACCUCCUCACCCCUCACCACCCCCACCAUUUCCUAAUACCGGACCACCUCCUCACCCCUCUCUCCACUUUUCCUUACUACCUAGCCCUCAUCCCUCCUCACCCCUCGCUCCACUUCUCCUUACUUCCUAGCCCUUACUUCUACCUUCUGGUUCGUUAUCACUAUUUCCUAGUCCCUGGUCUGUCUCUGAAAGGAUUGCUCUUUGUCCAAAACAAGGGUUGCACUGAAUACCUUUCAAUCGCUCUCUACACCAACUCCCCAUGUGUUGUGAGAUGGACAGUGAUUAUUCUACUAUGUGAUUUUGUAUUGUUUUGUAAAAAGGUUAUUGAGUUUUGUUAUGACAGUACUUCUAUGUCAGAAGGUUGUAUCAUCCUCCAACAAGACUUCUCUUCCAUGUCUUUGAUCAUCAGAUCUACUAACGGUCGUAUCUGCCAGCAACUCUUAUUGUUUCCCCCGCAAACUCCUUUCAACUCUCUGUUGUUGAUACUCACAAACUCCUGGCAGACGGUUAGACAGAAAGAAGAGAAAACAUGGAGAAAACACAACCAGUCAACCGCAGGGCAUGUGUUAGCUCCAACAGCCAUGUCUGCCGUCUGAUUGAAUUAUCUCUGUGUGUGUGUGUGUGUGUGUGUGUGUGUGUGUGUGUGUGUGUGUGUGUGUGUGUGUGUGUGUGUGUGUGUGUGUGUGUGUGUGUGUGUGUGUGUGUGUGUGUGUGUGUGUGUGUGUGUGUGUGUGUGUGUGUGUGUGUGUGUGUGUGUGUGUGUGUGUGUGUUCCUGCGUGAGUGUGUGUGAAUACCCCUGCUGAUGAGCCUGUCCUUGUCUACCAUGUCCAUCAGGGAAAACAUUGUAUCUUGCUUUCUGAAACAGCUCGUCUGACAUCUAUAACUAAACGGUUCAUUGGUAAUUGGGAAUCUCUUUGUGGUAUGUCUGUUGUCUGAAUGACAGUUUAAGCAGCGAUGCACAUCCAGGGCUGGGGAGUAACUGAUUUAUUAUUUUUUUAUUAAUGUAUUCAGUUACAUUACCAGCAAAGAUAUUGUAAUCAGAUUACAGAUACUUUUGAAAAACUAGAUGAUUACUUAUUGGAUUACUUUUAAAUUCAGGAAGGUUGUUUGUGGAAAAAAAUAAAUGGACACCUUUCUGUUUUGUUAAUUACAUUUUUAAAAAAGGCUCAAGUUUAAGUUUGUUCCAUCGUAGCAAUUCUGACCACAAGUCAGAGACCACUAUGAUGACACACCAAGGGGUAAGUAAUCCAAAAGUAACUGAAAGUAAUCAGAUUACACUACUGAGUUUGGGUAAUCCAAAAGAAACGUUACUGAUUACAAUUUUGGACAGGUAACUAGUAACUGUAACAGAUUACAUUUAAGAAAGUAAUCUACCCAACCCCGUCACAGCAGAGUAUCCAUCUUCAGAAAGAAAAGAAAGGGACAGAGUCGGGUUACUGGUUACUGGUCGGGUCACUGGUUUAAUGUUCAUUGUUCUGUAAUACGAAACAACAAACAUUGCAUUUACAGUAUUUCUCUCUAGCAGCACAGAGCGGGGUCAAUAUGAACAUACAGUCUGCAACUGAAAACUUCUUGUCACUCAACCUCCCAUUCAUAUUUCAGAAGCAUACCCAUCACUACACGUCUAGUCCAAUGUACAGUCAUAUUAUGCUGCUAGCUUUUAUUAUUAAAUACUUAUUAAAGGGCAAUUCCAUCACUUUUCAACCUCAUUUUCAUUAUUCACAGCACAAUACAUCGGUCUACAUACUUGAAAACGGUACAUUUCUACGUUUUGUAGAACAGGUUCUACCCGAUGACAUCAUUAAAAGCUAAAACAUUUUACAAACAGUGUUUGUCAAACACUAUGAGAUUUGUGGUGACAUGGGGAGGAAGAACAUACCCUCCUUCUGGCUAGAAACUCGUUGGUGUUUUUACUUUUAAUCCGACAAGUGUUUUUUAAGACCUUUCUUAUCUUAUUAGCUACAGAUCAUAGAAACUCACAUAUGUAAACACUGGUUUGGGACUGAAUAUAAUGAAUAUAAUGUUGAAAAGUGGCGGAAUUGUCCUUUAAGUUUGGAUUGUUUUGUACAGAAUUCCCUUAGCCGGUGUAUCAUCAUCCUAUUUGAAUAUGUAAUGUAUAUAAAAGUGUGUUAAUUACAGAAGAUGCGUGCUUGAAGUGUUUACUUACAUAUCAUUGUAAUUUAAAUCUAAUGUAUAUUUGUAUGUAAUAAUGUUUUAUGUCGAGGAAGCAAAAUUGAACUCAAUGGUACCUUUUGGGUAAGACUGAAACAGAACCCUGAGUCAAAUUGAAAAUGACGGUACAGUAAAUGGUAUGUAACUAUUCUCCAGUGUAUGUAUAGGGUAGGGAGAGGUAGAUUUGAUCUUUUUUUUAUGUGUGUUAAAUAGUAAUAAGCAUAUUUUUCCUCCUCUGAAUGUGUUUCAUAGUUCAUGUAGAGUUGUUCAUAUUUCCUUUUUUAAAAUAGCAUUAUUUUAUUGUGUUAAGUGUGCAAUUGAGCAUUAUUUUUUGGAAAAUUAAAAUAUAUACAGCGAUAAUAAAAUAUUUA